UCUUCUAACUUGGGUGUUGUCCAUGAGUUGUUGCUUUACAAACCUGCAACCAACGAUUGCCUUCAAUCCUCUGUUUCUACUUGUCUGAUUGAUUGACUUCACUGUGGCAGCUGUCUACUUUAUCCUUGCAGGUUUCGUUCGCCGUGACAUUCGCAAAGCCUUUUGCAACCUCGGUCCUGGGAGAUUUUUCUUUGUUCCUUCUUUCCAAAUCAUCAUCAAUCAACCGAACAGUCCAGCAACACGCCACACACAACGGAAGGAUCUUGGGGCGACUCGACUCCUUUCGUGGAUACCGGUACCAUAGAUAGUUAUUGCAACUGGUGUCCCUUGUUUGAAUCAAAGAAGUUUCCUGGACGACACCAAUUGAUAGUAGUGGGAGACGGACAAUAGCCGCCAAAAGUGGACCUCUGUCAAACACUGGAAGCUCGCCGUUACUGCAGCCGCAUCUCUAUUGCGCGAGUUGCUAUUCGUAUCACGGAAGCAAACAUGCAAUCCACAAGCGAUCAAGGAAGCAGCCAAGGCAACAGCAGUUGCCAAAAUGAUCAGGCGUCAUGCUUUGGUCCACAAUUCCAAAGUCCACGCCGCGUCGAGGACGACGAACAAUCAGCCACCACUUGCAAUUGUACCAGUAAUGAACUUGCAGACCAAGAAGAAACCAUGAAGAAGAAAAUAAUUCCCAUCAAACCAACCAUUGUCCGAAAACACUCCAAGAAUCUGGCGCGUAAACUGCUGAUGCGGGACAAACUGCCAGGCUCAGAAGAGGAGGACGAAGUAAUGUCUUGUGCCGACUCGCACUCGUCGUCUUCCAUGAUUGACUUGAUCAACUUUGAUCCAUUUUCCGAUGUCUCCGACGAGGAACGGGAUGUACCAGUGGUAUCUCCUGUCUUGCUGUGUUCCUCCCUUCCCGAUGAAGUCAUUUGUCGAAUCACAAACUUUCUAAACGUGCGGUCCUUGCUCAAAGUCAGACAAUGCUGUCGCAAUUGGAAAAAAUUGGCAUCGCGCAACGAAGCGGGCUGGGAAAAUCUUUGUCGGAAACUAUGGGCUCGAAAGGUACACGUUCCAACCAUACCCGAACAAAAAACUCUCCCCAACGAUUGGUUCUUCCAUGCCUACCCGAAAUCUAUCAGAGAUGCCAAGGAACGACAGCAUUUGACCAUCGACGAACUCUGUUAUGAUCCAGAUACACACACGGGCACCGUUUGGUCCUUUCGAUUCAAGGAAAGUGCCGGGGCAGACUGGACGCAAACCGAUCCGUGGCACAAUGGACUCCCCUGUCGCAAAAUGGUCUGUCUCAAAGAUGGAUCCGUACUUCAGUACAUUCCAGCAGCUGGGGAUGUUCGUCGAACGAGCAGUUCCUCUUCUUCCUCCAAUACCACCGCCACCAGCAGUCUGGAUUCGGAACCGGAGCUCGUCAGUCCCAACUUUGGAUCCUUGGCGGGAAUACAACAACAACAACAACAGCAACAGCCACACAACCACCACCACAAUUCACGCCCUGGUCGUUUGGUCCAACCCCCCUUUAGCAUGUCCUGGAGAUUCUUGACACGGCGACCCAUGGAUUUACCCGAACGGCCGACGGGGUCCUACAUGCGAUUCUCCGUGGGAGGCAGGGAAGUACCGACCUACUCCAUUCGGCGUUCGCCCACGCAAAACUGGGGUUUUGUCAUGGAGAGUUGCUGGGGACUCUACUCGUCCUUUGAAAUGCCACCGAAACGAUCUCCCGAACAGCAGCAGCAAGCAGCACAUCGACGGCGUCUACGACGAACCGAAACGGGAGCUCGGUGGGUCGAAGUGUUGGAGAAUGGAGAAGAAACCCUGGCGUCCAAUCACAAUUACAAUCGCGAAAAUUCGGACCUGAGUAGUUCCUCCUCUUUGCCUGAACAUCAGCAACAAUCAUCUGCGCAACAGCUCGAUGACUCCGCGCUCCUCGAUGAUGCUGCUUUGGUGAUUACGAAUGAGAUUCAAUGGAGGGAGGCAUUUCUAUACAACCUUGGAUCUAGGGCGCUUCCGGAAGGUCCGGGAGCUGUCGCUCAAUUUGACCGGGCGUUUCGUGGGGAAGGGUUCUAGCAUGUAGACAGUACCAGGUAAUGGCGAUUGUGGCUAUGCUAUUGCGCAAUUGCCAAUAAAUGAACGCUACGCUACGACAUCUAUUAGCUUGUCUAUCGUUUUCUUUUC